UAAUGAGGAAGUUCAAGGAACGAUAUUCCGUAUGCAGUCCGUCGAGGAAAAAUCGCCACGAAGUAAAUCCGCUUCCAUUGACGGGAACUUCACGCAACCUGUUCAGCCGCAGUCAGAGGAAUCUCCCCCUCCAGUUUCCUUCUUUCAACUGUUCCGCUUCUCGACCGCAUGGGAGCGCUGGCUGCUGGCCCUCGGAGUUUUGGCGGCGGCGGGCGCCGGCGUAGGCGCACCUCUCAGCAACCUGCUGUUUGGAGACCUGACGGGCGUCAUGGUGGACUUCGGGUCCGCGUUGGUCAACGCCACAGCCGCUGGCGAGCAGGUGCCCGACGUGGCGGUGCGUGUCUUCCUGCACGGCGUCCGGCAGUUCGUCAUCUACAGCGCCAUCCUGGGCGCCGCCACCUUCCUCUUCACCUACGUCUGCGUCUUCACCUUCAACUAUGUCGCAUACCGUCAGGUUCAUCGGAUACGUGAUUUGUUCCUGAAGUCUGCCCUGCAGCAGGAUAUUGGCUGGUACGAUACGCAGCAAACUGGGGAGUUCGCAAGCAGUAUGACCGAGGACCUGACUAAACUGGAGGACGGCAUCGGGGAGAAGGUGGCCAUGUUCGUGAUGUACCUGGUGAACGUGAUCGGCGACGUGCUGAUGGCCCUGGCUCGUGGCUGGGAGCUGGCCCUGGUGUGCCUCGUCUGCUUCCCGCUGACCGUCGCCUCGAUCGUCACCACAGAGGUGCUGUCGUCGCGUCUCGUGCAGAAGGAGCUCCUCGCUUACGGAAAGGCGGGAGCCAUCGCAGAAGAGGUGCUCAGCGCCAUCCGCACCGUCAUCGCCUUCGGCGGACAGGAUAAGGAGGACAAGAGGUACAACAAGAAACUGAUGGCGGGGAUGAAACUUAGUGUGAGGCGAAACCUGAUCAACGGGCUCGGCAACGGCUUCCAGUGGUUCUGCGCCUUCGGCAGUUACGGGCUCGCCUUCUGGUACGGCGUGGGGCUCAUCCUCAGGGACAGGGACUACCCGGAGAGCGAGAGGCGCUACGACGCCGCCACCAUGCUCACGGUAUUUUUCUCGGUGCUGAUGGCUUCCUGGAUGUUAGGUAUGGCGUCGCCCUUCAUCGAGGCGUUUUCGAUAGCCAGAGGCGCGGCAGCGAAGGUGUACUCCGUCAUCGACCGGAAAUCACCCAUCAACAGCAUGUCUGAGGAAGGCAAGAGGCUUCUAGCGGUCAAGGGCGAUCUCACCUUUAAGGACGUACACUUCGAGUACCCGUCACGCAAGGGUGUCAUGAUUCUGCGAGGUCUGAACUUAAGGAUGAAGAGUGGCGAGACAGUGGCGCUUGUCGGAAGUUCUGGCUGCGGGAAGUCCACGUGUAUCCAACUCAUUCAGAGGUUCUACGACCCGCUCCGAGGAACGGUGGAGCUGGACGGCCACGAUAUCCGCAGUCUCAACGUGGGCUGGCUGCGCUCGCAGAUCGGCGUGGUGGGCCAGGAGCCGGUGCUUUUCCAGGCCACCAUCGCGGAGAAUAUCCGCUAUGGGCGGGACACCUGUACCAUGGAGGAUAUCGAGGAGGCCGCUAAGAUGGCCAACGCUCAUGACUUCAUCUCCAAGUUACCGCAGGGCUACGACACGCUGGUGGGCGAGCGCGGGGCCCAGCUGUCGGGCGGCCAGAAGCAGCGCAUCGCCAUCGCCAGGGCGCUGGUGCGCCGCCCCAAGAUCCUGCUGCUGGACGAGGCCACCUCUGCUCUGGACACCAGCAGCGAGGCCAAGGUGCAGGCCGCGCUGGACAAGGCCAGCGUUGGUCGAACGACCAUCAUCGUGGCGCACAGGCUGUCGACUGUGCGCAACGCGGACAGGAUCGUGGUGCUGUCCGGAGGCGGCGUGGUCGAGCAGGGCAGCCACGACGAGCUGAUGGAACUCAAGGGCCACUACCACUCGCUCGUCACUGCUCAGCUGUCCGCCGCCGUCAAGGAGGCCGAGGAAAAGGCGGCAGGAGGAGAACGGCCAGAUCUACAGCGUCUGGUGAGCGUCCGCAGCGAGGCGUCGUCGAUGGCGUGCAGCGACGCGGGUGCCGCAGAGUCGCAGCCGGAGGCUCCGGAGGAGAAGGUGCCGGACGUGGGGGUGGCGACCGUGCUGCGCCUCAACGCGCCAGAGUGGCACCUGCUGGUCACCGGCACCGUGGGCGCGAUCAUCGAGAGCGCCGGCUUCCCAGUCUUCGCUGUCUUGUUCGGAGACGUUCUCGGGGUGCUUUCGCUCCCAGAUCCUGAUGACGUGCGUAGCCAGACCAACUGGUUGAGUUUGCUGUUCUUCGCUAUCGCUAUCUUCAUUUCCGUGGCCUCAUUCCUCCAGAUCUACGCAUUCGGAAUUGCCGGCGACCGGCUGACGACGCGGCUGCGACGGCUCGCCUUCUCGGCGAUGCUGCGCCAGGAGGUGGCCUGGUUCGACGACAAGAACAACAGCACGGGAGCGCUCUGCGCCCGGCUGUCUGGAGACGCCGCUAGCGUGCAGGCGGCCACGGGUCAACGCAUCGGCUCCGUGGUGCAGGCUCUGUGCACACUAGCGCUGUCUGUGAUGGUGUGCCUGUUCUACGAGUGGCGGCUGGGUAUGGUGGCCGUCGCCUUCAUGCCUGUCUUGGUGGUGGCUCAGUACUUCGACGACAGGCUGGUGCUCACGGAAGCCAAGAGCAAGCAGAAGUCCAUGGAGAAGGCGACUAUCGUGGCGGUGGAGGCGGUGGGCAACAUCCGCACGGUGGCGGGCCUGUGCCGUGAGCGGCAGUUCCACGCCAAGUACAUGCUGGAGCUGGAGCCGGCCAUCCGCCUCGCCAAGCGCAACACCUACGUGCGCGCGGCUGUCUUCAGCCUGGCGCGCAGCCUCGGCACCUUCACCUACGCCGUCUGCAUCUACUACGGGGGCUUCCUCAUCGUCUCCGAUAGCGUACCCUACGAAGACGUCUUCAAAGUGACCGAAGCUUUGAUGUUCGGGACUUGGAUGGUCGCUAAUGCCCUGUCAUUCGCUCCAAACUUCAGAAAGGGCCUGAACGCAGCAUCGAAAAUAGUUCACCUGGUUAACCGCCAGCCCAAAGUAACUGAUACAGAUACUGCGUCGGAUAAAGAAUGGAAGGCGGCCGGGAAUGUGAGCUACUCGGACGUGGAGUUCUGGUACCCGACGCGGCCUGGCGUGAUGGUGCUCAAGGGCCUCAACCUAGAGGUGAGAAUCGGCCAGACGGUGGCACUGGUGGGACCCUCUGGCUGCGGCAAGUCCACCUGCAUUCAGCUGCUCGAGAGGUUCUACGACGCAGCCUCCGGUUCUGUGGCCCUAGACAAACACGACGUGUCUCAAGUUAAAAUGGCUGCACUGCGGUCUCAACUGGGUCUCGUUCAACAGGAGCCAGUUCUCUUUGACAGAACUAUUUCGGAAAACAUUGCUUAUGGUGACAACAGUCGCGAUGUUUCCAUGGAUGAAAUAAUCGAAGUGGCGAAGAAAGCUAAUAUCCACAAAUUCAUUACAGCUUUGCCACAGGGAUACGAGACACGCAUGGGUGAGAAAGGCACACAGCUCAGUGGAGGUCAGAAACAACGGGUAGCAAUUGCAAGGGCUUUGGUUCGAAAUCCACGUGUUCUUUUACUGGAUGAAGCAACUUCAGCUCUGGACACGGAGAGUGAAAAGAUUGUUCAAGAGGCACUAGAUAAGGCGAAAGAGGGUCGGACUUGCAUAACAAUUGCCCACAGGCUCUCUACAAUUCAGGACGCUGACCUCAUUUGCGUGAUCAGUCACGGAAAGGUUGCUGAAAUAGGAAAGCAUACAGAACUGUUAGCUAAACGUGGCAUCUACUACAAACUUCAUAAUUUGCAGAGUACUUAGUUUUCUCGUUUUAAAAUGUGUUACCUUAUGUGAAGGAGGUACAAUCUCAGGAAACUACAAUUGGUAAAUAACUGUGAUCAUUUUCCUUGCUAUUUGCUUUGUUUCACUGGAAACGAGUAAAGCGCUUAAUCACGUAAUACACUGCCUGACAAAAACUGAAGUACUGAGAAUUGGAGGUGGAAGAGGAAAUGGAACUAAACACCACGGAAUGAGAGAGUAUGGGCUGUUACGUAAUUACAGAAACCGAGGCUGAUUUACAAAGACCUUUCCAUUAUGGUCCCACUCAACAGCAUAACACUGCCGUCCCUUCCUCCCCCUCCCUCCCCCCUACCGCUUCUGGCCAUGGUGCAGGCGCUGAUUCGCUUGGGAAGGAUGUCACAAAGCCGUUUAAUCCUCUUAUGGGGAAAACUGGACCACAACCUUGUAACUCAACCUUGAUAUAGCUGGAUACUGGCACUGAGACGGAGCAAGCGUCCGGUGAGUUCCCUCACAGAAUUGAGGAACUUGCUGACCACGGGAAUGUCUCAGCAUUACACGACACUCAGUAUUACUCGUGCCAUGAGUGGACGAGCAUUGUCCUGUUGACGUAUAGCACCGCCAUGUUAACACAUGAGAACACAUGAUGUACGAUUAUGACUUCAGAGGUCCCUCAGUCAUCACCAGCCAUAACCUGAACUCAUACCCGAUGGAUUCCCACACCAAAACUCCUGAAGUAAUACGUCCGUGCCUUUCGAAAACGUUGGCACAAUGGAACCUCUCCCCAGAUCGCCGAAAUACUCGGUCAUCCAGGGUAGUGCAGAACUGCCACCCAUCACUGAACCCAAUGCGACGCCAAUGCUUCCCGGCCACGGCAACACUCCUACGAUAGUGCUUUGACUUUUAGUGCAGCCCACGCAUUGGAUGGUGAAUUCCUAGUCCUCUGCCGCUAAUCUCCUGUCAGAACGUCAGGACAGGAAAAAUCACCUCAUGUAAAAAUGUUUAAUAAUCCUGGGUUCUUAACUUCAUACAUAAAAAGCUAUGUCCACUACUUCAUCUUCGUUACUGCCAAACGCGACUGUUCUAUCAAGCAAGUGCUCAUAGCUUUUAAGGUAUGAUGAUUGUUAGACAUUUUCUUCUUGUUUUGGUCCGCCAGUACCGAAGAUUAAGAACAAGUGUUCAUAGUUCCUAAGAUACGCAUUUUAGAGCCUAUUGUUACUAGAAAUUUGGCUUCGAAUGAUCGUUCUUGUCAUAUCUCUGAAUACUGACCAUUCGCCAUGGACACCUAGUAUACUCUAGGUCUGGUAGCAACAAUAACCACAUACAACACUAAUGCACUGUGGCUACCAUUCUAUCUCUUACAGAGAAUCUACAACUCUUACUUAUUUACAAACCCUGUGUACCCGUAUGAUGUUACAUUGACAUCUGACCACGUCUUCUGGGUACUUCAUUUCUUUUUUUCAGGUGGUGUACUAGAUCAGUGUACAUAUACGUGAAAGGACUGAGUACUUAGUGUAACAUUUACCAUUAAAGCUGUAUGCUUCCUUAUUUUUGAGAACAUUUAUUUUUAUUAUAGCCGACAUAUUCGUUACGAAAGGUUUCUUUAUUGAUAUUUAAAAAAAUAAUGUAACAUUUAUUUUCCAGUGUUAGCUGCAUUUUUUAGGGAUUCCAUUACUCAAUCGGUAUAAAUGGAAUCUUCAAAAGAUUAUUCUGUUCUCUUCCUGUCUGUCUUUCUGUCUGUCCGACUGUUAAAAACACUUUUUCUCAACAACGGGUAGACAUAUCAGGAUUAAAUUUAAGUCACACACUGAAAUCUGUGGUUCCUUGAUGGUCUAAGAAAAGCUAUAGUUUCUACGUCAAUUCAGUCAAAAUAUACUGCCAUUUAUGGCACACAUUCUGAUACUCGCAAAAUAUUUUUGUUUGCAUGUCCAUCAUCUGCAGGAGCUGUUAAAUUAUUAUUAAUAAUCUCCAUCUUAACGUUACUAAAAUUAAUUAAAGAGAGUUUUACUGCAGACAGUUUUCGCUUUUAUUUGUAAAGCUUCUCUUGUGGUCAUUCUGCAAACAUGGAUACUAAUGUUUGCACAUUUUUUAUUGCUUUAGAUAAAAAACAGAAUUUUGUCUUUAAAGUUGGCGUGCAAUUUAUUUAAGGUGUUCCUGCCUCUUGUUCACAUAUUUUGGAAACUACUACUUCUUCCCUCUCGGUUAGCGGAGGUUGAUGGGGGAAGAACAUUCGUUACAGCCAAGCAUAUAUGUCUAACAAAUUUUGUACUGGCAUCAACCUCUGCUAACCAAGAGAGAAGAAGCAGUGGUUUCCUAAAUAUGUGAACAAGAGGCACAAAUAUCGUUAGUAAAUUCAAGCCAACUUUAUGAACAAAAUACUGUUUUUAAUCUGAAACAAUCAAAAAUGUAGAAACAUAAGUAUACAUAUUUGCAGAUUGACCACAGAAGAUACCUUAUAAGAGCGAAAAGUAUCUAUUGUAAAAUUCUCUUUAAUUAAUUUGCAGUAAACUUAAGACAAUGAAACCAAUAAUAAGUGAUCACUCAUUAAAACCUAUAUUGCACUUCCAGUUCACCUAGAAUCUUGAAAUUUUAUAAACAAGAAACUUUCACAGUAAAAGUAAAGGGAAAAGUCUGAAAAUAGAUAAUUUUUUAUUAUAUCACAUGAAAGAGUUUUUUUGCCAUUUGUUAUCUGAGUGUUUAUCUGUUCGUCUGUUAAAACGCCUUUUUCUCAGGAAAGGAUUUAAUUAUCGAGGUGUUAUUGUUGUCACAUGAUCUAUGGCUCCUUGGUGGUAUAAAUAACUAAAGCUUCUAAGUCAAUAACUUCAAAAGAUGCGAUGAUGUAUUCACAUAUUGUGAUAGCAGCAAACUCAGUCAUCAAAACAUACAAGGUACUUACUUCUCGUUCACAAAAAACUCAGAAAAUAGUUAAUAUGUAACUAUAUCACAAGAUAACAACAUUUCUUUUGUAAUUUUUUAGCCGACUUCAGACAUAAAAUUAAAACGUUCUCGAAAGUCUUGAACUUCCCUGGACCGAUACCUUGACAGUAUCAUUGUCGACAAAAGGCAAAAAUCGUCUAGAUUCUCAAUUAUUGGGAUGAAAGAACUGUCUAUACACACGACAAAAUUUGUGCAGAACCCUCAGUGCUCAUUUCCUACUCGCACUUUUUUUUUUUUUUUACAGUAUGAUCUAAAAACAUGGAAAUUAGUUAUACUCUAAAAAUAUGCAACUGGUACAGGAAAAUAAACAUCACAUACGUAUACUUUUAAAUUAAUUUUUGUUAAUAGCAUUGACAUGUGUAAUGUAAAAUCAUGUUCCUGCUAAAUGCCAAAAGUAUGUGUUAGAUUGUAUAAUAUUUUGUAUUGUAAUUAACGUAUUGACAGUAUUGACACUUUUAUAGAACAUAUUUGACAAUAUUAUCAUCUUGCAGAGCUCUGAUGAAUUAAUAAGAGGUGAUGAGUCUCUUACCUUGGGUGAUAAGAACGGUUAAUUUUGACAUCUGUGUUGACUUUGUUCAGUGAGUGUAAACUGUGUGGUGUACUUACUUGAUGAGUCUGGCUGACACAUAAUGUUAAUUCGAUUUACACAAAGGAAGUACAAGUUUCAGUUAUCUCAUUUCAUUAAUGCAAUCAGCUUCAACUGAAUGACUAUAAUGUCUGUCAUACAGCGUUCAUGAAACCAUAUUUUAUAGUAUAGCUUGUCUUGCAUGUGGUAGAAAAUACUGUUCCUCAUUUUUUAAUCUUAGUACAUUUUCUGUCAUUCUGUAACUGUGGAAAUGAUUAUAUUGACUUUUUAUUUAUGUGUAAUAAAAUUUCAGAUUCCAACUAAUGGUUUCUAGGAGACAUGUAAAUAAUCUUUCGGUUAGUAAGAUCUCAUUCCACUAAAAGGGACCUAUGGGUACUAUUGUGAAUUCUUGCAGCCAUUUUUCCUCAGCUAUUACUCAGUUACACUUUGUCAUAUGCAGAAGAAAAAAAUUCUGUCUUUUGCAGCUGAAUGUUUUAUUUGUGUUUACCAAACGUGAUUCACAUAUUCAUGAUAAGCAAGUCUAUAAUAUAAAUAAAAUUGUUUAAUUAUACACAUUUUGAUAGAUGAUUUGUAGUGAGUCUUCACAGAUCAUUUAAUUUAUCUAACUAUUUACAAAUAUAUGUUUUUUACACUUAUAUUCACUUUUGCAUCCUUGUAAUGUAGCCACAUGUUCUUCUGUUUGUGCCAGAUGCACAUAUUAAAGGUUGUUUCAUAUUGGUAGAUCACAUUUAAACAUAUCACAGCACAUAAGCUUUACUGUAGCACACUGCACAUGGUCCUGCUCACAUGCUGUAUUUCUGACUGAGGGAUCACUAGAGCUAUGGAGGGUAAGGGUUGAGUGUGGUGUGUGUGUGUGUGUGUGUGUGUGUGUGUGUGUGUGUGUGUGUGAUAUCUUUGUGUGUUAUUAUUUUCAUAUUUUUUAUUUUAUUAUGUAUUAUAUAGAAAUUACUAACAUCUUCACGAAAUAAAAAAAAUUUUGCGUAUAAAUAUGAAUUUGGAAGAUACCGUUGAUGGUCAAACGUUCACCACGAUUCAGGAGGUCAAUAAAAUACUUAAUCACUAACAAUAAAAUCACUUCUUAGUGUUAUUACUAUAAAGAGAGACAACAUUUGUACCGAAUUAUUUAUUUCAGCUAAUCUUACAUUUCAGUGUAGAACAACACAUUGUUCAGAAAAAUUUACAGAGCCUUACAUUACACGUAACUAAGUCUCUAAUGUAUGUUCUGUUAGUAUCUUGUUUGAAUGGAUGUGAAGCUGUAGCUCCGCACAUUCGUAGAGCUGUCUUUUGUUAGCUUUUCCAAAUGUGGUAUAUAAUCAAAGCAUACGCCUGAUUCAUGUUUUCUGGUGUUAAUAUGGUCAAAUACAUCACUUUUGUCCUAUA